AUGUAUGUUCGUUCAGUGGGUGCCGGAAGUGCGGAGGGCGGUCUGGACGCCGCCAACAUCCUCAAGCCCGCACUGGCCCGUGGGUCGCUUCGCUGCAUUGGCGCCACCACCCUGGACGAGUACCGCAAACACGUGGAGUCGGACCCCGCAUUCGCACGCCGCUUCCAGAGUGUGCUUGUGGAGGAGCCCGGGGAGGCCGAGGUGGUGUCCUGGCUGCGGGGUCUGGCCCCCCGCUACCAGCAGCACCACGGGGUGCGGUUCACGGAGGGGGCGCUGAGGGCGGCGGCCACUUGCGCGGCGCGGUGA